CCCGCGCUGCGCGGGCCCGCCCGGGCGGGGCGGUGCCUACGGCGGCCGGGAGGGCCGGAGCGCGGCGGGCGCGGCGGCGGGAUGGAGUCGGUGGUCUUCAUCUUCUCGCUGAUCGACUGCUGCGCCCUCAUCUUCCUCUCCGUCUACUUCAUAAUCACACUAUCAGAUCUGGAAUGUGACUACAUCAAUGCUAGAUCGUGCUGCUCCAAGCUAAAUAAAUGGGUGGUGCCUGAGGUGAUUGGCCAUGCAGUUGUCACGGUAUUAAUGCUUAUUUCAUUGCACUGGUUCAUCUUCCUCCUUAACCUGCCAGUGGCCACAUGGAAUAUUUAUAGGUACAUUAUGGUGCCAAGUGGAAACAUGGGAGUAUUUGAUCCCACAGAGAUCCAUAACCGAGGACAACUGAAAUCACACAUGAAAGAAGCCAUGAUUAAGCUGGGCUUUCAUCUGCUCUGUUUCUUCAUGUACCUUUACAGUAUGAUUCUGGCUUUGAUAAAUGAUUGAGAAGUCGAAAGAGAACCAUUAGCUGCCAAAUUGGGUCAUCACUCCAGUGACUGGUGGAGCCACAGACACCUCCCGAACACACCUAGAUCAGUGUCGUCAUGCAGUAUAUUUUUCCUCUUUGAACAAGAAAUAUUUUUCUGUAUUUUUAACAUAAAGUAUUUUCAAAAG